GGCUCUCGCCUGUUGCAUUUCCCCUCCCGGCGCUCCUUUCUACAGGUGGGGACUACAGCGGUCCGUGGCGGCAGUGGCGAGGAGGGGCGUCGGUGAAGCUCGCGUGUUGUUUGUGCGGGGGUGGCCUCGCGGAGGAGCGGAGGAGAACCCACUGGGAUGGGCACUAGAGUGUUACAAUGAUCUGCGCAGAGCGGAGUGGUCUCUGGAGAUGCCUGAUGGUCUGUUCUGAGGAGCAGCUAGCAGCAUGAUGGACCCGGCCAGGGACCACUUACCCCUGAGACGGACUACAGAAAAACUCCCAGAGAUGGAAGUCCAAGUCAAGAGUCACCUGUACCCAAGGAGAUGGCGGCGGCAGCAGCAAGUACCUGUGGUCGAUUUCCAGGCGGAACUGAGACAGGUAUUCUCAGCCGAGAUGCCAAGAGGUGGUUAAAGUGGUACUGGAACAUCUAGGUAGCUGAUUUCCAAGUGAAGUAAAAUAUUAUCCAUGGGGGGGCGGGGGUGGUGAUGGUGUGGGACCUCUUACAAUGAUCUACAAGACCCUCAUGAUCUUAUCUCCAACCUAGUCAACCUCUCUGACCUAAUUUUGCACAACUCUUCAGUUUUGCGCUGGACGCAGGGCCUCCUUGCUAUUCUCCACACACAGUCCUACCUGGGCCUUUGCGCUAGCCGACCUUUGUGCCGGGGAUGCUUCCUCCCCCUCCCCCUCCGUGAUUGACUCCCUCACCUCCUUCAAGUCUUUGCUUGAAGCAUAGCACCUUCUCGUGUAACCUCUUCUGAGCACCCACUAACAGCUAACACACUAAUUAAUUCACCUAUUGUGUCCAUUGUUGAUUUUCUCCCACUCCCUCUGCCCCUUCUACAAAACAUGAACGCCAAGAGGCCUUUUUGUUACCAGUUCCUCAAAGUGUCUGGCACAACAACAAACAGUUGUUGAAUGGGCAAACAAUGUCAUCAAA